UAUCUACCCCAUUUCAGCCUCAUCAAGAAAUACAUAUUAUAUUUCCACGUUCUGCCACGAUCUAUGACGAUAGACAAAUGCAAUGGAUUGUUAGGAUCUGUUCAAUUGAUGGAAAACGUUGCAAUCAUCUUCGGGGUAACAGGCCUUGUCGGGAAGGAACUAGCCAAGAAGCUUCUCUCCGAACCAGGAUGGAAAGUUUAUGGUAUAGCCCGCCGGCCUGAGGCCAUUCCAGCAGCUGUUCAGAAUCCUAAGAAAUACAAUUUUAUCUCCUGCGACCUACUCAAUCCUACAGAAACCCAUCAAAAGCUAAAUUCUCAUCUUGAUCCCCAAUAUGUGACUCAUAUGUUUUGGGUCACCUGGGCAGGACAACAUCCAUUAGACACUAAAGAAUGUUACGAGCAGAACAAAGCCAUGAUGGCCAAUGCCCUCAACGCCAUUCUCCCACGGGCCAAAUCUCUGAAGCACUUUUCUCUCCAAACUGGGACCAAGCAUUACGUGUCCCUCCAAGCCCCCUUUAACUCCAAAUCACCUCGAUUCUUCAGCGAGGACAUUCAUCGAGCACGUCCUGUGCAAUACAACUUUUACUACGCAUUGGAGGAUCUUCUUCGGGAGAAACUCGCCGGGAAAGUGUCAUGGUCGGUGCAUAGGCCGGGUCUAAUCAUGGGGAGUUCGAGGAGAACGUUAUUCAAUGUUAUGGGCACUCUGUGUGUGUACGGAACGAUCUGCAAGUACCUGAAUAUGCCCUUUCUAUUUGGAGGCACGAGAGAUUGCUGGGAAGAGAUGUUUAUCGACGGUUCCGAUGCGCAACUUGUAGCGAAGCAGCACGUGUGGGCGGCGACAAGCGAUCACGAAUACAGCGGCCAAGGGCAGGCGUUUAACGCCAUCAACGGUGAGAGCUUCAGCUGGAAGAAAGCAUGGCCGAGCAUAGGGAUGAAAUUUGGAGUGGAAGUAACGCGGAUGGAAAAUUUCUCCGAGGAGUUCACGUUUGCGGCGGCGAUGGCGGACAUGGGGAGAGUUUGGAAGGAGAUAGUAAAGAGAGAAGGACUGGUGGAGACGGAGAUUGGGGAUCUGGCGAACUGGGAAUUCAUGGAUUGCUUAUUCCGAUGUCCGGUGAAAAUGCUGGGUACGCGAGAGAAAGCUGAUCGGAUGGGAUUCAGAACAAGAUGUGAUACAACUGAAUCAAUUUUGUAUUGGAUUGAAAUCAUGAGAAAGGAGAAACUCAUCCCGUAAGCCUAGGUUCAAUGGCAGAAAUUCAAUGGCUCUAUUACUUGCUAUAUAU